AUGAUGGAUCUUGGUGGUGUUGGUAUUGAGGAGGAGGCCGGAGCUAGUGGUGAUGGAGUUUGGCCACCUCCGAUGUGGAACUCGCAGAAGCUAAAAACAGGAAAAGGAGUGCGCGAAUUCGGAGUACCACCUCCAUUCUUGACAAGAAUUUUUAGUAUGGUGAAUGAUCCAAACACGAACUCCAUUAUUUCAUGGAGUUCCUCUGGUACUAGCUUCAUUGUUUGGGACCAUCUCCAGUUCUCUGCAGAGCUUCUCCCUCAAAACUUUAAGCACAGCAACUUCUCAAGCUUUAUUUACCAACUUAACAACUAUGGAUUCAGAAAGAUUGGAGUGGAGCAUCAGUGGGAAUAUGAGAAUCAAUAUUUUCAAGCAGGGAAAGAACAUUUGCUCAUAAAAAUAAAGAGGCGAAACCAAAAACUUGAAACCUUAAACAGACAAAAACGGACAAGAAAACCUUGUCCUGCCUUGAACGAGUAUGAAAUGGGGUUAGUCUUUGGAAAUUUGAGGGAUAGUAUAAGUGGUUUAAAGUUGGAAAUCCAGAAACUAAAGCAAAAACAGGAAGAUACGAAAACACAAAUUGUCACCUUCAAAGAACACAUGGAAACUGCCCAAAGUAAGUCGAAAAAAUUGCUUAUGCUAUUCGCCAAAGCAUUGGAAGAAAUUUUUGUGAGGAAGGAAAGGGAUCUUAGUAACAAUGAGACCAGAAAGAAACCGAGAGUGGCUGCUGCAUCAGAAAACACCGAUGCUUGUCGGGCUACAACAAAUGAUGCCUUUCAGGCAUUCAAAGUGUCAGUUUCCACCACUUGUGACGCGGGAACUCCCAUUCAGGAACAUGAGGUUGAUUCGACUUCAGAAGUGAACGUGAAGGAGUCGGGUGACUAUAUAUUUUGGAAGGAACUACUGGAAGACGAUGAUACCGGUGAAACUGAUGCAAGAGGGGCGAUGGUUAACAUAAAGCAGCAGGCCAAGAUUGCUUUGGAGUUGGAAAAAUUGAUCACAAAACUACCUGAACAUGAGACUAAGGAAGAAGUCACUCUUAAAUUAUGA